AUGUCCCUGUCCAAUCCCUUAUCCCAUGGGUUGUUGAAAGAUCUUGGCAAACUUGCACAGUUGAAAGGACGGGGUCUGAUUCUUGACCGUCACUUCGAGACGAUAAAAACACAUGUGAAGGCGGGAAACUCCGUUGCGAAGGAGCGGUGGGACGCCAUCGAGAGCGCGUGGGGGUUGAAGCAGAACGGUAUCUUCGACGAAGGAGAGUGGAUCGCGCAGAUUGAUGGUGAAAUCCAGGGCAUUACCAGCAGCACCCGCCUGCCCUUGUCAUCCCAACAANGAGCACGCCAGGGAGAGAGCUGCGAAAGGCACUUUGGGCGGCAACAUCUGCAACGCGUUCUCGAUUGGCAGCGGACAACCGCGCCACAACUACGAGCGACUGACACGUCACAUGGCUCGUUGAAUCCCCUACACGGCAAUUCCGCCCUUUCCCAUCGCACCGAGCAGAUUGAGCGGACUCUUGGUGGAGUGAAAGAGGUCGUAUCCGGUAUCAGCUUCCCGCCUCCGGCCCCGGAGUCCCGUCGAUCCUGCCCUCACUGUCCCAUGACCUUCGUGAAAGAGCAAGGCCUUGGGAUCCACGUGAGAACGCAGCACAGCAAUGCAAACAUGUCCAACGGCGUGCGGCUGCGGCCGAUGCUACGGAAGAAUCUCGAAGGGCGUGUCCUGCCGUGGGAAGAAGCCGGGCCUGGGCGUUGUUGGCACGUGAAGGUCGAUGAUGCGACAGGGGCGGCUUCGUUUGUCCUCCAGCGGAAGCGCUUUCUCGGUCUAGACUUGGAAAGCGACGGCUUUAUGGACCGCGAAACCAAGGAAACUCGUGGAGCUCCCAAGCGCAGGCGAUACGACUAUAGGUUCAAAGCCAAUGCUGUCAACCAGCUGCGCAUCCUCGAGGACAACGCCGCGGACAUCUGGAAGGAGGAGGAGCGCACGCCUCUUCAGUGCUUAGCGGAUCGUCUCAAGGUUCACUACAGCAACAUCGUAAAGUGGGCCAAGGACGAGAAGGCCAUAGUCGCGGCGGCAGCAGACGACGUGAAGAAGAGCCUCCUCGCCAAGCAGCAGCCUAAGCGGUGGUUUCCUGAGGCAGAAAAGAGGCUUUACAAGAUGUUCGUGGAGCGGCGUAAGAGGAAGCUGAAGGUAUCGACCCUGUGGCUGACGAUCACGUUCCGGAAGCUCGUGCGAGAGAUGUAUCCCGGGGACCAACGGGCGGCGGCGUUCCGCGCAUCCUUCAGGUGGGCACGAAAAUGGGCCAAGAGGCACAACCUGUCCAAAAGACGUCGGACCAACCUCAAGAACAAGUCUGUUGAGGAGCGCCUACCAAAGAUCCAGCGCUUCCACCGACUGUUUCGCAAGCUCCUGCAAGAGCCGGUACGGUACAGGGCUCCCGAUGAGUCGGACGUAUCGGCGAUUACGACGGUCGCAGAGAGGGAGUCCAGAGUUCCCAAGUAUGGCCAAUUCCAGCUCUGGGAGCGUUGGAAUGUGGAUCAAGCGCCUUUGGCAUUCGUAAACGGGCUNAGCGGACUCUUGGUGGACACAGCAAUGCAAACAUGUCCAACGGCAUGCGGCUGCGGCCGAUGCUACGGAAGAAUCUCGAAGGGCGUGUCCUGCCGUGGGAAGAAGCCGNCGUUUUUCCAGGCGAAUGCUUGGGCCGACCAAAAGUUCUGUAUGGAGUGGGCAAAGAGGUCCAAACGCGAAGGCCUGAUGCGCGGGCAGGGUGAGCUUCCCAAGGCGAGGUCCAUUCUUAUCAUGGACAACUUGCACGCGCAGACGACGGACGAGUUCAAGGAGUAUCUUGCGAAGGAGUGCAACACUCUCGCCUGGUAUGNCGUGAAGGUCGAUGAUGCGACAGGGGCGGCUUCGUUUGUCCUCCAACGGAAGCGCUUUCUCGAACUAGACUUGGAAAGCGACGGCUUUGUGGACCGCGAAACCAAGGAAACUCGUGGAGCUCCCAAGCGCAGGCGAUACGGAUAUAGGUUCAAAGCCAAUGCUGUCAACCAGCUGCGCAUCCUCGAGGACAACGCCGCGGACCUCUGGAAGGAGGAGGAGCGCACGCCUCUUCAGUACUUAGAGGAUCNAGCAGCGAUGAGCCUGAGGGGCGGGGGAAGGAAGGGGAUGGACGUGAGACGAUCGUUGAGGGCGCUGAUUCCAGCGAUGAUGAAGACGACGGCGCUGCGCAUCCUCGAGGACAACGCCGCGGACCUCUGGAAGGAGGAGGAGCGCACGCCUCUUCAGUACUUAGAGGAUCGUCUCAAGGUUCACUACAGCAACAUCGUGAGGUGGGCCAAGGACGAGAAGGCCAUAGUCGCGGCGGCAGCAGACGAGCGGCUUUACAAGGUGUUCGUGGAGCGGCGUAAGAGGAAGCUGAAGGUAUCGACCCUGUGGCUGACGAUCACGUUCCGGAAGCUCGUACGAGAGAUGUAUCCCGGGGACCAGCGGGCGGCGGCGUUCCGUGCAUCCUUCAGGUGGGGCGCCCGAUNCAAAUAUGAUUGGUCCAUGUUGAGUUUCGGCCGUGACACCGUACUUCUUGUGGUGUUUCACGGUGCCCCGUUCGCACGCACGUCCCAAACCCAGACCGAUGAGCUAGCUCUUCUCGACGACGACGACAGCAUGGACCCACAAGACCCGGAGGACGCAUCACAAGGAAUGGAGAUCCCGACAGGCUUUCGCAUUCAAGAAGUCAAACCCGUUGCUCUUGACAGAUUGCUUUUGCGACGGGGAGUNCCGAGGUGNAUGGGGUGGUUUCGAGGGUUGAUCAUUCAGCAAUCUCAGCAGGGCACUCGUCACCUGUACGACUACUGUGUGCAGCUGGAGCUAGACCAGACUACGCGCAAGAUGAAGCUGCCCUUGGACAAGUACACCGGAGAUCUGGAUGCGGCGGUAGGCUCCUGGGUUUUGCUUGAGAGCGUUAGUAGAUCGGGGAGGGUACGCAGGACCAACGUCACCCUUGUGGACCAAGAUGGUUGA